GUACGGCCGAGGGACGGGAACGGAAGAAGAGAGGAGAGGUUUCAGUCAGCCCGUAGUCCAUCUCUGCUGCUCUGCUUCCGCCUCACCUUCACCUUCCCCCUCAUCUCCUCUCCUCUACCCAGCUGCUGUGAUGUCCGAUUGAAGUGAAGCGGUAGUGAGCGCAAUUGAUUUGGAUUUGUUGGUUGCUCCCAAGUCCUAGCUGAGGAAAACCUCUCAGGUGUCUCAUCGUAGGCAGAGGAAUGGCUUUCCUGUUUCAGAAAUUUCAAGAGGCGGUGAAGGUUCUUGCCAAAAGUCCAACUUUUGCGAGAGACCCGAGACAGUUCCAGUUCGAAGCCGACAUUAACCGGCUCUUCCUGUACACCAGCUACAACCGUUUGGGAAAUGAUGCCGAAGAGUCAGAUGUGGAGCAGAUCAUAGAGAUGGCUGGUAAAGCUUCGGUUGCUGAUCAGCAGAAGCAAGUCCAGGAAAAUGUUCAUACUCAGAUUAAAGCCUUUUGUAGGUUCAUGGACGAGAUUCUCCUUCCUGAUGUUGAUAAGAAAAACGAGGCUGCUCUGGAUCCUCCUGCAUCAAGUCCUGCUCAGCAUCGCAGUGGCCUUAGCCUUGCUGUGGGGAAAAGUGGACCACUCAGUCGACAUCCUGACAUACCGGAGACGAGGCCCUUGAAGCUUGCUGAAGUAUCUCAGAAAAUAAAGGAUCUCAUGGGCUACACUCUUGUGGUUAAACCAUCCGAAAUUCCUCAUGAAGAAGCUGGUCGAGGUUUGUUUUUGGAUGGCGAAGCUGAAGUUGGUUCUGUCAUAGCCAUGUACCCUGGCGUUGUAUACUCCCCAGCCUAUUACCGUUACAUUCCGGGCUACCCUCGGGUUGAUGCCCAGAAUCCAUAUUUGAUCACUAGGUAUGACGGGACUGUAAUAAAUGCUCAGCCUUGGGGAUUGGGCGGUGAAGGCCGAGAAGUUUGGAUGGGCUCAAGUGUUAGAGAUGCGGAUAACAGGCCACCGAUGCAGGGAAAAGAGGAAGGUUCCGAUAAGUUCUGGAGACUCCUGAGCAAGCCUUUGCCAGGAGCACUCGGAGGGAACCUGGCUGAUGUGCUGGAGAGGAGAAAUCCAUUAGCCUUGGCCCACUUUGCAAACCACCCGGCAAAGGAUAUGGAGCCUAAUGUCAUGAUCUGUCCUAACGAUUUCCCUUUGACUGAAUCAGAUAUGAGGGCUUAUAUUCCGAAUAUACAGUUUGGAGGGCCGGAAGAGGUGAGAAUGAAGAGGUUUGGGAACUUCUGGUUUAAGCUGGGAAGUGGUGGGUCCGAUGUUCCUAUUCUGAAGACUAUAGUUCUGGUGGCUACUCGAGCACUCUGCAAUGAGGAGCUGCUACUAAAUUACAGGUUGAGCAAUUCAAAGAGAAGGCCAGCAUGGUAUACGCCCGUGGACGAGGAGGAAGAUCGAAGGAGGUGGAGCUAAUUUGACAAUAGAAGUAGGACAUACGAAGGCAUCUUCUUCUAGACCGGGAAUUUUCUGGGCGUCCAGGUUUCAUCCUGAUGCAACUGAAACGCUAUCCCUUUCAGCAAUUCAAGAUCAUCGUAACUGCUUUAAGCAGUAGGAGUAGAUUUUUUUGGUGUAGCAAUUAUCCCGGGGAUUUAGGAAAUGGCAAUCUCUUGGAGUUUAAUUUUUAUUCUGCCUUCAGGCUAAUAAUAAGGCCAACUAAUGGGAGAAUUUUAUUGUCCUUUUUUUUGCCUGGAGAGAACUGUUUUGCAGGUCUCUAUAUUGCUCGUUGGUGCUUAUCUUUCUCAUGUUUUGUUUGAUUAAUUCGAGGAGUCUGGUCAUUAGUUUCAUUUCCAGUUCGACGGGCAUGCCCGGAAUUCGAAACCUCUGUACUCCAGAUUGAGAACGAGUGCCUUAUAACUGAACUUCACGAUUCUUGUGUA